UCCGACGCAGUAUUUGCCGGUUUUCAACACCGUCGAGCUGGAUCUCGCGGGUUUCACCAGCUACCAUGCCUCUCCGUGCCAAAGUCACCAACCCAGCAUUCGGGGCCACUGCUAGUGUACGCCUUUCUUUUAUCUCAUGCUUCGCCUCUCCCAUUGACUGACGAUUGCAGAUGUCUACGGCACCUAUCCCCAAAGAACUCCCCGGAGACGAGCCCGACGAUGUCCUGUUCCACUCCCAUUACGGUGUGCGCUUGAUUGAGCUCAACCGUCCCAAGAAGCUCAAUUCCUUGAACGGCUCGAUGGUUCGGAAGAUUGUGCCUCGACUGAAGGUUAGCUUGUGGCUGCGACCUGGUAUCAUACGUGUGGACUUGUUGCUAAGCGAUUGGGGUGUCUUCUAGGAAUGGGAAAAGUCCGACCUGGCCAAUGUCAUCAUGCUCUCUGGCGCUGGCUCGAAGGCUCUGUGCGCCGGAGGAGAUGUGGCUGCUCUCGCUCUGCAGAACGAAAAGGG